GUGUGUGUGUGUGUAUAUAUAGGAGAGGCAAUAUGGUUUAGGUGAACUGUCAUAUAUAUCUUGUUGGAAUUGAGAGAUGGAGGGAAGAAAAUUGGGGGCACUUGUGCUGGUGGUUCUGGCAUUUGGGACAGUGGUAGGGCAGUCCACAGCUGCUUCUUUCAAGGAUUGCUAUGUAGGAUGCUUCAUUUUCUGCAUGCUCAACCCUUCUAACUCUGCUUUUUCUUGUGCAACCCAAUGUCUAAAGGACUGUAUCAUCCCUAAUUCUCCUCAACAGAUCCAUGUAGAUAGUCAUCACUUCUGCAAUCUUGGUUGUGCUUCUUCCUUGUGCUCCAACAUUAGCACAAAACAAAAUCCUGAUGGAGAGAGAGUGGAAAGCUGUGUGGGAUCCUGCUCAGAUACAUGCGCCAAGAAUUACUUAUCGCCUUAAUUUAGUCCGAAGAAUCAGUAUUUGCAUUAGUAAAAGAUGUUAAUUGUAUCAAAUGGAUCUUCACUUCUUGUUAUCAUUUAUAUAUAUAUAUAUAUAUAUUGUAAUGUUAAAUGUAAGAGAAUGAUUUCAAUAGAAUCUGAGGAAGCACUAUGAAUGUAGUCUUUGGCUAUUCCCUCAAUGUUCUUUCAGGGGUCCAAGUGUAUGAAAAAUGACAAAGCUAGGUCUGUAUUGGCUUUGACAUUCACUACAUGACAUAAACAAGUAUAAUUCUUUUUCCUUCA